ACCGUCCGCCUCGCGCCAUCCCGCAAUCCAAAUCCAAACGCCGGCGCCGCGUGGCUCGAGCCGGCGGAAGUGAUAGCCGGUCGCCAUGGUGACCCUUCCGGUCCCUCUGAGUGACUGUAACUCCCCCCGAAGGCUGGCGGAGCUGGCGAUGGUGACGUUGGCGGAGCGGCGGCUGCGGCUGGAGCCCGCCGGCUCGGCGUGUGGUUUCUGGGCCGCGCUCGACGUGUGGACGCGCAGGCCGCAGGUGGCGAACCGGCGGCUCAGCGGCUGCCGCCUCGAGGCCGAGAGGGAGACGCGCUGCUCCGACGCGGGGCUCAGGCCCCUCCUGGAGGAGCUGGUGCCAGGGUGGAGGGACGAGCCGGGCCGCGAAGUGAAUGGGAUCCUCCUGGCAGUGACGGGGGAGCGAGCCGGCGGGAGACUGAAGGUGACCCUGCGGACUGUGAUUCCCAAAACCCAGGCGGAGAGCUGCAGAGAAAUAGUUAUCCAAGAUUUCGAAAACAACACAGCAACAUUUAUACCAUUAGAACGGCAUAAUUCAGAAAUGUACACUUGCAAGAAGAACAAUAUUUACAGCUUUAAACUUCGACAAGAUAAAGGAGAUGAGUUAUUCUGGUUUAUUUCUGUUUCGAUCUUGUGCCCUGAGAAAUGGAAUGCAGAUGGAAUUGUGUAUCCCAAGCUAGCAUGGCUCUCGGAUGUGUUGCUCACAAAGAUUGUGAAAUGGUCAAGUGAGAACAAGAAGAAUAAUUUUAAGAGCACCCUUUCUCUCAUUUCUGUGGAAAAAUACAGUGAAUGUUACCAUCGUCUUAAAGCAAAAUACAAAGACAUGGUCAAGAUUUGGCCUGAGGUAACGAAUCCUGAAAAAUUUGUGUAUGAGGAUGUCGCCAUUGCAACAUACUUACUGGUUCUUUGGGAAGCUGAGCGUUUAGAAAAAGGCCUGACCGCCAAACAGUCCUUUAUAGAUUUGGGAUGUGGGAAUGGAUUACUGGUUCAUAUCCUGACCAAUGAAGGACACCCUGGUAGAGGUCUUGAUGUGAGGAAACGGAAAAUUUGGGAUAUGUAUGGUCCACGGACAUGUCUCGAGGAAUGUGCCAUUACGCCAAGUGAUGACUUCCUUUUCCCAGAUGUGGACUGGAUAAUUGGCAACCAUUCAGAUGAACUAACACCAUGGAUUCCAGUCGUUGCAGCAAGGUCAUCCUAUUCAUGCCGCUACUUUGUCCUGCCUUGUUGUUUCUUUGAUUUCUAUGGAAAGUACUGUCGAAAACAGACCAAAAGCACACAAUACAGAGCAUAUCUGGAUUUCAUUAUAGAAGUGGGUUCUGCUUGUGGUUUUAAAGUAGAGGAGGACUGCCUUCGAAUUCCAUCCACAAAACGGGUUUGCUUGAUUGGUAGCCAAAGGACGUAUUCCUCGUCUUGUGAGAAAAGGCUGGAUGAAGAACGAACGCAGUAUAUUAGGGAGAGAUGUUCUUAUACUGUGUGUGCUGGAGAUGAUACAGGUUUUAGUAAGAUGAAAGACUCUGCUUCACCAUUUCCUCAUAUUACAGAUUGUUCAGUUGUUGAAGAUGACAUGAUGCAAGAUAGUUCUGCUGAUACAGAUUGUUCUGUGCCCAACAAAUGGGGGACUGGAUUCCAACCCAGAGAGAAAGUAGAGAAAAUUAGAAACUGUGGUGCUUUGCCUCGAGACUUUGUUGAUAAUGUAGUGCUUCAGGUAGCUAAAGCACUUUUAAAAGUAAACCAGGACAACUAUGAUCAUAAUGAUGAAGACAGUGCAAAAUACUGGCACAAAGGCGGAACCCUGUCUCUUAAAAAUGUAGCAGAUCUUCUGGACUGUGAUACAUUACAAAAAUUAAAAAAAGAAUGUGGAGGGUUACAAACCCUGUUGAGAAACAAUUGUCAGGUGUUUGAAGUUGCCCAUGGAAAUGUUCAGAUCCGUGACUGGUCAAAAGAAAAGCAAGACAAACAAAAAGAAAAGCACACAAAAAAUCUAUCACCAGAUGAGAAAAGAAAAUUACUUUCUGAAGCAUGUAAGACACGUCUCUGCUGGUUCUUUGUAAAUCAUCCUGAUGGAUGUCCUCGAAUUGCAGAAAAGUGUCCAUUUGCACAUGGAAUAAAAGAACUGCGUUCUCGUGCUAAUAGCAGAAAAUGAAUUAAUAUUGGUGUUAGAUUAAAAGGAAAUGUUCAAGAAUAAUAUAUACACUUUUUUUCAAAAGAAAAGCUACCUAUUCCAAAUAACCAGUGGAUCAAAUGUUGCUGCAACAAAGCAUCAUCUGCCAUGAGUUAAACCUUUCUUCAUGUGUUUAGAUUUUUAAUAUCUUUGUGUCUGGCAAGUUACUGAAAGUAAAAGCUGAUAAUGAUAUGAGGCAAACAGUCUGAGUGGACAAUUCCUCUUAACCAGUCCAGUUGAAAGAUUGUGAAAUAAAAAAAGCACAGAAACUGAAACAGAGGUUCAAAUUCUCAAUGUCGCAUCAAGUACUGGAAACAAAAUGGAGAAGAGUUACUUGGGUUAGGGAAGAGAGAAAGAAAAGGAAAGUGAAAUGGUGUAUACUUUUUUAAAAAAUCUUUUGAAGGAAUGAGAUUCCAAAUAUAUGAUAGUCAAUUUUAAGUACUAAUGAAGUUGAUUUGCAGUGUUUCAUGUUAAUUGCACCAUUAAAAGUUGGUUUAUUUCUGUAGAGAGACAAAUCUACUUUGUGGUGAGUUCACGUUGUAUCUAUCAUGCAAUACAUCAACUUCUAACAUUCAUUUUGGCUCAAUAGUAAGAUAGGUUGCAAAACAACAUUCUUGGAAAGCUAACAGCAGAGUGAUGCCACUCUAUCAGCAAUUUCUGAAUAUCUGCAUUUAGCUAUCCAACUGCCUCUUGUCUGAUGUUGCUGUACUAUUUGCAAAUAAAUAUCAGUGAUUAUUAUUAGCCUCAUCAUUUUGGCAAUAGUAUCAGGUCCAAUGCUUUUGAAUUCCACUUUUUCUGACCAGCUGUUUCUCAUAAUUAACUCCACAUAAGUGAAAAUCUUUAAAGAAAUUUAAAAUCAAAAUGAUUUUCCAUCUGUGAUUCUGUGACAGACCCCUGGUCAUCUCAUCCACCCCUGAAGUUCUUUGACUGCACCCUGAAAUAAUCCUGCUACUACAGCCACGUCGCCUUCCUCAGCACCUGUCUAGGUAGCUGGCUUAUCCGAUAUGGACUCAAGACAACAUUUAGACCGGCUCAACUUGAACCAAACUGUGACAACCGCUAUCUAAAGUGCCUCUGAAGCCUACAGAAACAUUUCUCCCUCAGGUUUCCCAGCUCAUGGCUUGCUUUCCCAGACCUGCAAAGGACCUGUACUGUUCUUCAUCCUUGGAAGGAUCCACACCCUGAACCAAUGCUUUUUCUCCACCCUACUGGACAUCAAACAGCAUAAGUACACUAAACUCUCGUAAUUACCUCCAGAUUGAGAGCACCUCAACCAUUCCAGAUCCUACCCCUGACACCCUCCUGAAUCCACCGGAAUCCAUAAACCGCACAGUUGCUCCUGCCACUCCCACUGUCACAGAGGAUCACAUUAUUUCCACCAACCAGGCCGCCUCCACAACUGCUGCCAAUGUCAUGCAUUGCACCAUUACUCCUGCUGACAACUUUGCUGAUCACAUGACCGUUUCCAUACGCAUACCCACUCUGGCAACAUCUCCACACUUGCUCCCAACUCCAGUUCAACACAAAACCCCAGACCCAAGCCCUCCCAUCUCCCCCAGACCUGCCCUCUCACUGAGGACAGUCAGUCUUCAGCAACAGACUCUCCUUCGUUCCACCAUGCCCACAUGUCAAUGCAUUUCGCACAUGUCAAGAUGUUGACCUCUUUUUCCACUGCCUCCACCUCCAUGCCUAAAGAAUUCUUUCUUUAAUAAUAAUUUGGCAAAAAUGUUUGUUCCCUCAAGUUUUGAUGCUAAAUUGUGUAGGCUGAAUUUGUGUAUUACGGUUACAAGGGAACUUCUGUAUCCUGUGAAAAUGGUGCUCCACUUUGAGAUCUAAGUGCUUCCAAGAAAUGAUUAGCAAACCCUAUCUGUUAAUUGUUUUAGUUUACUGGAUUCAUGCCAUUUUAAAAUAUUAUUUUGCUCUUCAAAAACAAUAGGACAUUAUAUUGCAUUUCAUUUUGUUUUUUUAUUCAUAUGGGAGGUGGCAUUAUGUUAUUAUUACUGGACAAGUAAUCCCAGAGAUGUGUGCAAAUGCCCUGGGGACAAGCAAACUCAACAUGGCAGGUCGUGAUGUUUGAAUUCCAUUAAUGAGUGUGGAACUAAAAAUAAGUCCAUUGUUGACCAUGAAAUCGUUGUUGUAAAAUUUAAUCUGGUUCUCUGAUGUCCAUUAGGGAAGGAAAGUCUGUCAUCCUCACCUGGUCUGACUUAUGUAUGACUCCACUCCAGAUCAAUAGAAUUGUGAUUUACUCUUAAAUGUCCUCUGAAAUCACCUAUAGAGUCUAAUAACGUUAUUGGAAAAGACACUGGCGCGCACAGUACUGUUGGUCUGUAAUUUCCUCCUUGCUAACAUCUGGAAUUUUCAGCCAAAUUUGGAGAGUUUUUUUUCCUUCUGUUAUAUCCUCGUGGGAUGUGGGUGUCACUGACUCGGCCAGUAUUUAUUGCUCAUCCUUAGUUGUCCUUGAGAAGACAGUGGUGAGCUGCCAUCUUGGACCCCUAUAAUCCAUUUAGCAUAGGUACAACCGCAACCACAAUUUGAUCUAUGAAGAAAUAGUGAUAUAUUUCUAAAAGAGGGUGGUGAGUGGCUUCAAGGAGAACUUUCAAGUCGUGGUGUUCCAAUGUAUUUGCUGUCCUUGUCCUUCGAGAUGGUAGUAGUCAUGGGUUUGGAGGCUGCCGUCUAAGAAACCUUGAUGAAUUUCUGCUGUGUACCUUGCAAUUGGAAUGUACUGCUGUUGCUGAGUGACAGUGGUGAUGGGAGUGAAAAUUUGUGGAUGAGCCAAUCAAGUGAGCUGCUUUAUCCUAUAUUGUGUCUUGAGUGUUGUUGGAAUUGUCCUUAUCCUGGGAAGUGGGAGGUUUUUCAUCACACACCUGACUUUUGCUUUGCAAAUGAUGGACAGGUUUUGGGGAGUCAUGAUGUGUGUUUUUUUUUUGUAUUUGUAGUCUCUGUAACUAUAUGGCUAGUUCAGUUUCUGAUCAAUGGUAAACCCAAGAUAUGGAUAGUGGACAAUUGUGAUGGUAAUCCAAGAGCCAAUGGUCAAAUUCUUUCUUGCUGGAGAUUAUCAUUGCAUGACACUUUUGUGGUGUGAAUGUCACUUGCCACUUUUCAACCCAAACUUGGGUCUGAUCUAGAUUUUAGCGGACAUGGACUGCUUCGGUACUUGAGUCUUUAUUCAUGCUGACUAUUAAGGAAUCAUCAGCGAGCAUUCCCAUUUCUGACCUUAUGAUGGAGGGAAGAUCAUUGAAGGAGCUGGAGAUGGUCGAGCGUAGGACGUGCCACCCCAAGGAACUCCUGGAGCUAAGAUGACUAACAUCUGACUGCUACAGCAAUCUCCCUUUGUGCCAUGUAUGGUGCUGACCAGUGGAGAGUUUACAGUUUUCCAUUAUCUUCAGUUUUGCUUGGGCUCUUUGAUGCCACAUCCAGUCAAGUGAAGCCUUGGUAUCAAGGGCAGACACUCUUGCUUCACCUCUGGAAUUCAGAUCUUUUGGCAAUUUUUGAAGUAAGGUUGUAAUAAGGUCAGGAACUGAGUGGGCCUCUCAGAAUCCUUACUGGGUGUUAGUGAGCAGGUUAUUGCUAAGCAAUUGCUGCAUGAUAAGUGUGAUCAACAGUGCUAUCAUUUUACAGAUGAGCAAAAGAAGACUCUCAGAUCAGUAAGAACCAGUUUCGUCAGCAAGUCUGUGGAGAAGCGGUUAACGUUUUGAGGCCAAUGACUUCAUCAAAAAUUAUUCUGAACAGUUCCAUAGAAUUAUCAUCUGAAUGGAAACGUUAACUGUUUCUGUCCAUGGAUACUACCAAACUGCUAAGUUUCUCCAGCACUCAUCAUUAAAAGCAGAGGUAAAUUGAUCUGUUUAACACUCAAAUAUAAGCAAAGUACUGUGGAUCCUGAAGAUCUGAAAUAAGAACAGUUCUGGAGAAACUCAGCAUGUCUGACAGCCUCUGUGGAAGUGUUUGCUUCUGUAUCAGAGUAAUGGGAUUGGAAAUGUUAACUCUGUUUCUCUCUUCAGAUGCUGCGAGUCCUACUGAGUUCCUCCAGCACUUUUCAUUUCUAUUUGUACUAAAACGAGUGAGGCGAGGUUUUUUUUGUUGUCUAACCUUGCCUGGGUAACUAUCUAAUUUCAAUGAGUUUUAGAGACUACUGGGUGUAGGGAAAUUACCCAUUGGAAUUGUCAAAAUCCUGACCAGUUGCCUUAGAGUCUGCUGUAUUAGUGAUUGUGUAGAGUCCAGCAGAGUAGAAAUUGUGAUCUGACCUUAGGAAACUCUGUGCCAUGAUAUCUGCAGAAUCUUUUAGAGCUGGUUUGACAUUGUAAAUUUCAAUUUGUACCUCCUGCUAAUUAUCACAUUUAAGUUGGGCUAUCAGCAUCAGAGGUAACAUAUAUCGUACGGAUUUAUUCCAUUUCAGCAGUUGAGUUAAGCGGAUGUUGUGUUUCUGCCUGCUAUAUUAAUGCAAUCUAGGCAGAUUCAGACUUGCCUGCACAAAAGAUCAGAAAGCUUCAAGCAAUGUUCCUUGUUAAUAAUUUACUCAUGGAACAUGGAUGUCACUGCCUGACCCAGCAUUUUAUUGCCCAUCCCUAGUUGCCUUUGAAAAGUUAGGACUGAAUUGCCUUCUUGAUUUGCUACAGUUCAUUUGGUAUAGGUACAGUUAAGGAGGGAGUGGCAGGAAUUUGACACAAUGACACUGAAGGAACAACAAUAUGUUUCCAAGUCAGGAUGUUGUGUGGCUUAGAGGAGAACCUGUAGGUCAUGUUGUUCCAAUUUAUCCAUUGCACUUCUCACUCUAGAUGGUACUGGUUGUUGGUAUGGUCUGAGGAUCUUUAGUGAAUCUUUAGUGCAUCUUAUUGAUAAUACACCCUGCUGUUACUAAGCAUUGGUGGUGGAGUGACUGCAUGUUUGUGAAUAUGGUGUUAAUUGAGUGGCUACUGUUUCCCAAACCAAUAAUCCUCCUGUUGUAUGUGACAUUUUGUACUGGUUCAAUGUUCAGUUAAUCGCAAACACAAAACUGGCCACCAUCCCAGGUCAGAGUUGGCUUGUUUAAUGAAUGCUCUUCAAAUUGAGUCCAUCUUCUUAGACUUCGGGAGGCAUGAUUUAGAAGUUCUUUCAUCCAGAAAGUAUUUUCUGAGGAACUGUGUACCAAUAAAAUGAUCAAAUUGUUCAGUAUAGUUUUUUUUCUUAAAUAAUUUGCAAUAUUUUAUAUGAGAAAAUUCAUAGAUGUAGGACUGUGAAUAUCCUUAAGAAUUUAUUUUUGGCAAUAAGUCCAUUUUAAUCUGUAUAAUAAAUCUACGUUGGGUUAUUACUCAAAUAUGAUUAAGGCUACCAAUUAAUAGAAUAACGAAUAGAACCAAUCUUCUGUAAUAUGCCUGAUUAUGAUUUUCCACAGAAGAGUUUAUAUUUGUGAUUGUACAAAUUAAUUUUUGGCUGAGAUCUGAAGUGUAACCUAAAUGGAAUUCUCCCAGCCCUGUUGCUAAGUUGCGUCUGGAGAUUGAAACGAACGCUUGGAAGAAAAAAAAGUGGCUGUGUUUUGGAAGAAAUGGAGAUUUGAGUUUGGAGGAUGUGUCACCUCCUGAGUUACUUAAUGAAUUCUUUGUGACAGAUAUAAGAUCUGUUAAGUUGUUAAUGUCAGCUGAUUCAAAUCUUCAAACAUAUUGUGCCUGUGAACAAACUUGUUUUAAAUUCUCAUCUUUGUUUGCAAUCCCCCCUAUGACCUGGCCCCUUCUGUAAUACUUUAUAGACUCAGAAAUUUCUUGAAAUCUCUGCACUCUUCUGAUCUGGUUUCUUGAGCAUUCCCAAAUUUAGUCAGUCCCCCUAAAUGUGGCUGUGUCUUUAGUUUUUUUAAGAUCUAAGCUCUGGAAUUCCAAUGCCUAAAAUGAUCCAUCUCUUUUCCCAGCAUUUAAGGACAUCUUUAAAAUAUACCUCUUUCAGAAAGCUUUUACUGUUCAGUAAUUAUAACUGCUAUAGUUUUAAUGUCAAAUGAUGUUUGGUAACAUCUUCGUAAAGUACUUUGUGUAGUUUUACUGCCAUAUGAAUUCAGAUAGUUGUUGCUAUUGGCUAUCUAAAACAAAACUUAUUGCACAAAGUCAAUCCCUGACAUUGAUGGCAAUUUAAGUAUGUUACUGUUUAGGUAACUGCAACUGGGCAUCCUUACUUUUACUGUCAUCUUUUUUUUUAAAAGAAGGAACAAUACUGAAUAUAUGGUGUUAAGUGAUUUGAAGAUCUGAUGACUUGGGAUAGAAUGUGAAAAGGGCUUUCACCAACAGGAAGUGCCAAAUUUAUGACUUGCUCUUAAUAUGCAAUUAAUAUGUUUAAUAAAUUUAACAUUCACAGGUUAGACCAAGUAAAUUGGUUUUGUAGCAAGCUGCAACACUCAUUGUAAUUUUAACUAUAAAAGAAAUAUUUGUCAGAUGAAUGUGUGUCCUGAAUUCCUUUUUAAGCAGGUAAGUUGUUAAUAAUAGGAUCCCAUUGUCUUGGAUCAGAAAACUAUGAAAUUAGGUUCAUCCAAUUUACCUAAUAAAAUGGUUUUUAAUACAAUUCUGCAAAUCCUAAGUUGUGUUCUAGUUAUAAUAUGGAGAAGCACCUAUAUUGAGUAUUCUGAUGUUUUGAUUUUUUUUAAAUUCCUUUGUAGUUUAUCUAUAGACCAUAAAAUGGAGAAGCAGAAUUAGGCCAUUCAGCCCAUCGAGUCUGCUCCACCAUUCAAUUGUGGCUAUGUUUCUCAACCCCAUUC